AUGCGUCGCCCGACCGUGGACGAUUCCUGGUCUGACGGGGACAGUACCAGCUCGCAAUCUGACGACGACUCGUCGGCACACCGAACGAAUCUGAACGAUACGCCGGAUACCUCAGGUUAUGACUCGGACGAAGGCCUUAACAAAGGGUCAGCAUGGCUACUCGAAGGCAAUGAGCAUCCACCAGAGUACUACAAUCAGCUGCUGGAUGACUUUGACGACUCCGAGUAUACCAAGGAGGAUUAUAGCGAUGGUACUACCCUCCUCCUCGACCGGAGCGAAGCGCAAUGGUACCAAUACUGUGCGUAUAUCGGAAAAGACCCCAAGAAGAUGUACCAGACCAUAUCAAUCAACGUAUUGCACAACUUUUUCCACUGGCUGCUCAGCCAACGCCGCGGGAAGGAGGGACGGCGACUUCGAGGGACUAAACUAGCUAGUUCUUUAGGGACAUACUGGAAAAUCUAUUGGCUUACGUACGAGCGAGCCACUGGCGACAAGAUUAACGGUUCGACCGACGACGCGUGGGAUGCAUACGGUAUGACAGCUCGUGCCGUAGUAUCAUCGGUCCAUUUUAACGCUGUCUUUCAGGGAGCCAGGGAAAAGCCGCGCAUGUAUGUCGAGGAUCUGAAAGAAGCGCUGCGGACAAAUUUGUGCGCAGUCAAAAAACGAUACUCACAUGGGAGAAUCCGGGUCGAGAUGCAGCUUUUCAUGCAAAUUGGGGGUUUUACGGCUAAUCGUCCUGGGGCAUUACUAAACCUCUGCUACCGACACAUUAGAGUUACAUUACUGCGAGACCCUGAAGGCGGGCCGAAUCGGAUUCUCCUUGGAUUUGCAUUCGAGUUUACAAAGAGCUUCCUUGGUAUUAAGGAUAUGAAUACAUUUCCGAUCCCAGAGAUCAUAUAUGAUCCGUCUUUAAUCUACAGCCCACAUGUGCUCCUGCUGGGUUUGAUUUUCGAUGACCAAGCUUUCGCAGCACCAAGCCUUACCUCCCCGAAGCAGCUUAGCAGGCUGGAUAUCGAGCCAGGUCAUAACCAACUACUACUGCCGCUACGAUCUGACCUAGACGAUGUGCCGAUCUUUCGCAAAGCUAUUAAAACGCCAGAGGGAUGGGAGAUAUCGAAGGACGAGCCACUAGAGUACUCAACGAUCCGGUAUGCGAUGAAGAAGGUCGGCGAGCUUACUGGGUUCAAGCUGCUUCUGCGCCCAUACGCACUCCGAUAUGGUGCUGGAAAGGCUUUUAAUGAAAACGGCAACGUCAGCGAGGCGCUCCAGAACCUGAUGAUGCAGCACGGUGAUCCGCGGACGUUCUUAAAACACUACCUCCAUCGACGAGUGACCGUGGACGCUGCUGCAUUAAAACACUACCUCCAUCGACGAGUGACCGUGGACGCUGCUGCAAUUGUGCGGCGACUCCAGCCCCAAGAUGCAGUCAUGCAAGCGGCUUGUAACAUGAGCCGAUGGAUUGACCCGAAUCAGCCCUGGGGCCUGACUGCAGAGCAGGCAGACUCGGUGAACCAAAACCCGCUUAUUCGUUCCCUGCUGCAGGAUCGGGACAGACUAAAGCGUCGCUACGGGCCGAAGCAUAUUAAGUACAUUGAACACAACAAGACGAUCAUAGGUGAGAAGCAACGCCUUCGGGCAUCACUCCUUGCAGAACUUCAAGAGAAGUAUGAGAAGGAAGGCCCGGUACGAGCGAUUGAACGCCAGCUGUCGGGCGUGAAGAUCAGUCAAAACUCAAAAGCCAACGGUUGCAAGAGAUUGAUCGAGGCGCUUAUACUUGCCCCACCAGGGAACACUCUCGAGGAGGAGUUCCGGCGGCGGAGCGAGGCCAUUAUCGCCGUCACAGAGUAUUGCAAAAUCGAAGAAGGCGAUACACCCAAAAGCCGAACGCGCUCUCGAGGCCAGACGAAGCGCCUAUUGAUUAAAAAGGAGGAUGACUACCGAUCAGCAGCUUCCGCUGAGCCAAUGGAGAAGGAAAUAGAGGCCGCUAUGUUGUCGGUGUUUAAGGAAAAGCGACCGACGAUAUGUUUUCUUUGUCUUGGUAAUGUCGCUUUACCGCUUACUACACGGGUUUAUUCUUUCAGCAUCCCCUCUGAUCUUAGCAAGCACUUUCGGCGAAAACACUUAUCCAAUAUCAGGGACGGCGAGAGGAUCGACUGCAGGGUUUGCAAUAUAUUGCUCAACUGUAAGAUGCACUUGCAAAACCACGCGAUGAAGAUCCAUGGGACAGUAUCGUGA